GGUCACACUGGAAAGAAAUAGUAAAUUAGCACCGUUUCAUUAAUCGUCAAUUUACUCCGCUAGUGUGCGACCUAACAGCUCCGUGGUUUUGUAAACACACAGCGAGGUUUCUUGAAGAGUACAGCGAAGCCGCAUAUCCAAGGGCUCCUGAUGAAGGUGUGUAGGUAAUACUUUUAGAGCCUUGUAAGACGCCAUGUCUGAAGAGGCGAUUUCAGAAAGUGACCUGGAGCCCAGCCUUAACAGUGAAGAGGAGUAUUUGGAAAAUGAAGAAGAAGAAGAAGAAGAAGAAGAAGAAGAGGAGGAGGACAAUGACGACAUGGAGGAAGAUGAGGACGAAAAUGAUGGAGACGAUGAAGAUGAUGGUGUUGACCGACCUGCGAGUGCCGAGAGCAGGACGGAAACGGCUCAGGAUGGCAGGGACUCCACUUCAGCUACCUCCGGAGAGCCAUCCUCAGAGCCUCCGUCUCAGCCUGCGUCCAGCCCGUCCUCCAGGGCUCCCUCCAGACCCCCCUCUCGCUCUCAGCCUCCAACCAGCCCAGACAACUCGACCCAGAGCAAGCCACCUUCCAGCAAAACAAAGAAACAUAAAGCCUCUAAACUAUCCAAAUCUUCGAAGUCUUCGAAAGGCUCCAAACCUUCCAAGCUAUCUAAGCCUAUACACAUGAGGAAGAAUAUCAGAAAGCUGCUGAAGGAGGAUCAGCUGGAGGCUGGGACUAAGGCUGCUCAACAGGAGGAGAUGGACAGGAGGAAGCGUCUGGAGCAGCAGAGGAAGGACUUCCCUAUACCAGCCUCAACCGUCCCAGACUCUCAGCUAGGUGACUGUCCCUCUAUCGUCGACCCUGCUUCAAUUUUAGGAGAAGUUUCUCACUUGGUCCCAGCUCUCCUGAGCAAGCAGGAUGUGAUCUGUCUGGACAGCAGCGGUGAUGAAGAUGAAACAGUGGACCCCGAGCUGCCUGCAUUUGCUAUUAGAGAUGAUAUCAUUGAGCUUAGUUCCGGGGACGAGGACGCUCUGCAGAUAAGCAGCGAGUCGGCCGACGAGGACGCCGAUGGCACCGCCGCCUCGGAGGAGAGCAGCGGCGCGCAUAUCAACGACGAUAUGAAUCUGCCCGACGCCCAGGGUCAAGUGCUGGUUAAUAUCAGUCACCCUGCGGAGGAGAAAGACAUUUACCUCGCACCACAGCUGGCCAAGGCCGUCAAACCUCACCAGAUCGGGGGAAUCCGGUUCCUCUACGAUAACCUCAUUGAGUCUCUGGAGCGGUAUAAGACCAGCAGUGGCUUCGGCUGCAUCCUCGCUCACAGCAUGGGGUUGGGCAAGACACUGCAGGUCAUUUCCUUCACCGACAUCCUGCUGAGGAAUACCGAGGCUCACACUGUGCUGGCCAUUGUUCCUGUGAACACACUUCAGAACUGGCUGACCGAGUUCAACCUCUGGCUCCCGCCACAAGAAGCCAUUUCCCCCGAAACGGACCCCGAACUCAUCACAGGCCGCGCAUUCAAAGUUCACAUUCUCAACGAUGAGCACAAAACGACGCUGGCCAGGGCCAAAGUUGUGGAGGACUGGUCCAGAGACGGAGGGGUGUUGCUGAUGGGUUAUGAGAUGUACCGUCUGCUGUCCAUGAAGAAGAGCUUUGUGAUGGGCAAGAAGAGGAAAUCAAAGAAGCCCGCCGGACCAAUCAUCAUUGACCUGGAUGAAGAAGAUAGACAGCAGGAGCUCAUGAAAGGUAUUGAAAGAGCCAUAGCGCGGCCCGGCCCAGAUGUGGUGAUAUGUGACGAGGGCCAUCGCAUUAAAAACUACCACGCCAGCACGUCGCAGGCUCUGAAGAACAUCCGCUCCCGACGCAGAGUAGUCCUGACCGGCUACCCGUUGCAGAACAACCUCAUCGAAUACUGGUGCAUGGUGGACUUUGUUCGGCCCGACUUUUUAGGCACGCGUCAGGAGUUCAGCAACAUGUUUGAGCGGCCCAUUCUGAACGGGCAGUGCGUGGACAGCACACCUCAGGACGUCCGCUUGAUGCGCUACCGCAGCCACGUGCUGCACAGCCUGCUGGAGGGUUUUGUCCAGAGGCGAGGUCACGAUGUGCUGCAAGACCAGCUUCCCUCCAAGGAGGAGCAUGUGAUCUUGGUGCGGCUCUCUCCCAUUCAGAGGGCGCUGUAUACCGAGUUCAUGAAACGCUUUCGAGAAGCAGGGAACAAUGGCUGGCUCGGUCUAAACCCACUCAAAGCCUUCUGUGUAUGCUGCAAGAUCUGGAAUCACCCAGACGUCCUCUAUGAAGCCCUGCAGAAGGAGAAUCAGGCCAACGAGCAGGACCUGGACCUCGAUGACAUAACUUCAGCUGGUAACACUCGCUGCCAUGCACCGGGCGCUGGCCUCAAAGCCAAAGUAGCCGACUCGAGCAACAGCAAAGUCAACAACACCCUGCCAUCAAUCAAUCCCUCUCAGGAAAGAGCCAAUCAAGUCAUCACAUAUGAAUGGGCAAAGGGCAUAAUGUCAAACUACCACACGGGAGUCCUGGAGAACUCUGCCAAGAUGAUUCUGCUCUUCCAUUUGAUUGACGAGUGUGUAGGAAGAAGAGACAAGAUUUUGGUCUUUAGUCAAAGUUUGUCCACCCUGACGGUCAUCGAGGACUUCUUAGCAAAGAGACCCAUGCCGGUGGGCAUCGCCUCUGACACCCAGAACCCCCACUGGGUUCGCAACCUCAAUUACUACAGACUGGAUGGGAGCACAUCUGCCUCAGAAAGAGAGCGACUUAUAAAUCAGUUUAAUGACCCGGAAAACACCUCAACAUGGGUCUUCCUACUUUCUACAAGAGCGGGCUGCUUGGGGGUUAAUCUGAUUGGGGCCAACCGUGUGGUCGUGUUUGAUGCCUCCUGGAACCCGUGUCACGAUGCUCAGGCGGUGUGUAGGGUUUACCGCUACGGUCAGAAGAAACCCUGCUUCAUUUAUCGCCUUGUCUGUGAUUUCACCUUGGAGAAAAAGAUCUACGACAGACAAGUCUCCAAACAGGGAAUGUCUGACCGUGUGGUUGACGACCUGAACCCAGUGCUGAACUUCACUCGUAAGGAAGUGGAGUCGCUGCUGCAUUUUGUGGAAGAGGAACCUUCCAAAAUCGCUCUGGAGUGCCGGGAGGGAUUUGAAACAGUGAUGUAUCAAGCUUGUCAGCUUUACCCACACCUCAUCACCAAGCAACCUUUUCAUCACGAGUCUCUGCUGGUGGACCGGAAGGAGUCAAAACUGACCAAAGCAGAGAAGAGAGCCGCCAAGAAGAGCUACGAGGAUGAGAAACGAGCCUCGGUUCCCUACUCUCGGCCAUCAUACGCCCCCUAUUACCCAACCAGUGAUCAGACGCUCACAAACAUACCAGCAUUUAACCAACGCGGCUGGCGUCCCAUGGCACGGCCGGAUGACAAGCCCGUGGCAAGUGUCAGGCCCAUCCAGUCGACCCCAAUCCCCAUGAUGCCUCGCCAGGUCGGCAUGGGCCUGGCUGGCUCCAGCUCUGCCGGCAGCCUGCCUGUCAACUUCCUGCAGAAAGCCGGAGUUUAUGUGCAGAGGAUCGUCACCACGACUGAUAUUGUAAUCCCAGGAGCCAACAGCACAACAGAUGUUCAAGCUCGAAUUAGCGCAGGAGAGAGCAUCCAUGUUAUCAGAGGAUCAAAAGGUACCUACAUUAGGACAAAUGAUGGAAGGAUUUUUGCUAUUCGAUCUGGAAAGAUCAGUAGACCAGCAGCCAGGGGCUCUGCUGCUUCAAGAGACACCCAGGGUUCCCUGAUCCAUCCACUCAGUAAUGGCUGUUCAUCGCCUGUGGAUCAACAGCAGGGCUCCCCCAACGGAGAUCAGCGGUCCUCCUCUCCCUUAAGCUCUGAGAUUCUCCGAGAGCUCAGCCGCUACGCUGCAUCCUCUGGCGAUGCUGGCAUGGGGAACGAACUGCCGUCGCCGACAGAAAUGUUGGCUCUACCAGCAGGGGAUGAAGGCGGUUCUCAGAACAAUCAGACUGGUGAUCUCAAUAGGCAACUCGCUGACGACCUCAUGGGCUCUGCUUUAGAGCUGCGUGGCACCAAGCGCAGGAGUACUGAAAGCCAGGGCAACACACAAAAACGCACCUCUGCUGCAUCACGUUUCCCCGGAAUGUCCAUGGGCUCCGGCGGGCUCAGUUUUCCCUCCGUGGGUCUGAACUCCUCCUCCCUUCUGAGUCACAUGAGUCAUCCACUUCUGAUGGGCGGUAGCGGCGGAUCGUCAUUCCUUCAGACACCGGGACAAACCCUGGCUGACCUACAGACCAUGUUCCCCUCCGCAGGCUCGGACCUACUGAGACAGUCUGCCACAGGGAACGGACACCUCCCCACCCCCUCCUCCGCUUCCACCACCACCAUCCCCAUGUCAUCGACACCCUCGGCAGCAACUUCUUCCUCCCUGGCGUCGGGUUCUCUGCCUCCGUACUUGAUGAACCCCAACAUGGCUGGCCUGCUUUCAUCAGGCUUCCCUCUCAACUACAGCCAGUCGCUGCUCUCCGAGCAGAGGAUGUUCCCCGCCCCUCUCCUCUCGGGGUCAGGGGGAUUCCCCACGUCUAACUCCAGCUCUACUACGUCCAGUUUCCUCUCCCAUUUCAACAAUCCCACUUCCAGCCUGCUGGGGGUAGCUCUAACCCAGCCGGACAUGCAUCAGGAGAACGGCGGCAGCAGCUCCGAUGAUGACGUUAUAGAGGUGACAGGACAGUAGAGACUCAAUAAGUCCUGGAGAGGCAGUUUCUCACACACACACACAGUUGUACCAGUCAUGGUUGACAUAAAGUACAUUAGGGAUGGGAAUGAUUACACAUUUACUAAAUGAACUAAAUUGAUUCUGUUACAGUAUCUACCCUAACCUAUAAACUGAUGAUUGAUGGUCAGAAACUGGUCAUAACAUAAUAACACAAGUAAAAUGUUUCAGGAACUAAAAAAAAUCAAUGUUAAUCCUGAACACAUGCUAUGAAGUUGGAUGAGUUUAAUGUGUUAUACUGGCCAUUUAAAACAGUUUAAAUUAUUCACCAGUGAAAUUAGCUGCAUUCCCAUUCCUAAUGGUCUCAUUGAUUUAAACUACACACACUCUCACCUGCAAACGAGAGAAUCAACUUGUACCUUAAUGACUUUACAAAAGUCAGAGUAACAAAUCCGUAUGCUGAAUAUCCCAGACGUUGUUCAGCUGGAGCAUCAGAGCAGUGGGAACGGACCGUUUGAUCGUUCGGGGGACCAGCUGAAUCUUUCUAAGCACAGCAUCUCCUCUGCUACACGUUAAAGCAAGGCCCUCGCCGUGCUGUCAGUUUUAUUUCCCCCUGAUGGAAUAAUGUGAUGAAAACCCGCUUUGUGUCGGGGUCGUCUCAUGAUAUAUAUAUAUAUAUAUAUAUAUAUUGCUGUGAAACAGUCUAGUUCAAACCAAAAUUUGACUACCGUUUCACACCGUCAGCAGCACUCACCUGCUGAACAAUAACAUUUUCUCUCAGCAGUUUUUUCUAGUAAACAAUACUGGAAAGCAAACGUAGUUCAAUAAGUAACUCGACUACAAGAACGUGGUGUUAUAUAUUUGUCAAAAAUCAACUUGACAACAUAUUUAGAGAAAAAUCCGUCGAGGCUUACCUUUAACGACUUUAGGCUUUCAGAGCAUAUUUUAGUCUUUAGCGAUUUGAUAGACAUUGUAGCAUCCCCUGUUGAAAAAGGACAUUAUGUGUGAUACAAUAACUGAACAUGUUGAUACUUUUUGUAAAUAGCAGUCAUUAUCAUUGUUUAUAUUGCAAGUCAAUACUGUGCAGUGUGUAGAUUUUUGGUUUGGAGGGAGAUGGUUUAUUAUAACAGUGACUAUCAUGAUGAUAAACGUGCUCUCGCAUUGAUGCUGGGGAAACAAAAUCUACUUUAUAAUUUACCCCCCCCCCCCCCCCCCCCCCCUUUAAAACUAAAGCGAAUGUACUUUCAUGUUAGCCUUUGAUAACACAGGGGCUGGGACAUGGAUUCGGACUGUGUUCUUUCAUUUUUAGCCUUAAAUAACACAAAGGGGUCUUGAGCCUUAGCAUUUAUCUGAGUAUAUCCUUUUUUUUUACAAAUCUGUGGGAAGAACUACUGAGCAUUUAGACAGCUGGUGUCAAACUCAAAACACAAGGGAUGGGCAGAUUCAGCAUUGUGAUUUUAAAAAGCACCAAGGAGCACAAAGCAAGGUUUUAAUGUUGCUGGCCUCUUUUGUUGACUGAAGUGUCCCACCAUCAGUCAGACAUGUAGUUUUGACUAUCCUAAUUUUUCUUAUUUUCAGAACCUUUACUGAGAACAAAUAUUACCUAAACUGUAGAAAACAUUGCAUUCAUGCAGCCUGAGUGUAUAAAAACCUUGAGUCCAUGUAGCCACCAACCAUCAAAAACAGAUAUCAAGACAUUUCACUGCGACCACAUGUGACUGUGGCAGAACCAGGUCAGGUGGUGUGGUGGCCUUACUGAACUGACAGUGCCAUUACGUGGUAGCUUUUCACAGAGGUGCGUCUUUAAAAAAAGCAGUGCAGUGUAAGUAGCUUCUGUCAGUAGUGUCGGUCUGCAGUGCUUUAGGGAGUUUAGGUCUUUGCUGUUCUCUGUAGCCUUGUGUUUUCUGUGUUGUGAUGACACCUCAAAGUAUGUAGAUUUAGGAAAGUCCCUCUCCUCCGUCGGUAAAAUAGGCUAGACGCAGUGGUUGUUAGCCUCUAGAAAAACACUGGAUAACCUGAGACAACACAUCAUUCCCUUUCGAAGUUACAUUUAGUUGUAGAGACGUUGUUGUGGGGACCUUUUUGCUCCCACUGUUCACUUUUUGUUACUACUGGCUCCUUCGCUGUUGUUGUUCUGGAUGCUUCAUUUCUAUCAUCGAGGAUGUCUCCAGCUUGUCUUGGGAACUUGUGAUGGUUUGUUUCAGAUUUGAAGGUGCGUGUGAAGUGUACGAGGUACAUCGCAUUGACGCUGUGUCUUUAUUCUCAGUCUUCUCGAUCCGUUACAUUUUUGCAUUUGAAUCAUCAGUUUAUAAAAACGAAACCUGUCUGCCAUUUCUUGUUAGUCACAUGCAUUUUUAUGUUUUCAUGGAAAUAUUUCAAUUUUUUAUGUUUUUUUAUAACUUCGUGAUGGCAGUUGUUUCCCUCAUUUCAAUGUAAGCGUCCAAAUUUUAUUUAUUUAUGAUGGAAAAUACAUUCUUUUUUGUAAUUACUUUUUUUAACCUUUUGUUCACUUUGACCCAUUGACGGCUGAUCCAGUAAGAAUUUCGUACAUGCAGCCUAGAUCGAAGCAGAAUAUGACUGUGUUAUCAAUGUUAUUUUAACAAUAAAACACUCUUCUAUUGCA